AUGCCUCUCAAGAAUCUCAGCAAAAUCCAGAAAAAGCUGACCAAGAAGCGCGGCAAACUCAAUGCUCUACACGAAGAAAGCCGCAAUGCAAAAAUACUACGUCGAGCCUCAGCACGAGAAGACCGCAUUGCUCGAGUCGCAACCUCUGCAAUGAUAGCGCGACAGAGUUUUUUGGACCGAGUUGUCCACUUUCAGGAGUGCUUGGAAGAACUCUCCGAGCCCAUUGCCAUGACAGAUGAAGAUAUUGUUGAACUUAUACAUAAGUGGAUUCAUCGCAGCGACGACGAGCUCCAAGAACUCCAAGAAGAACGCCGAAAAGGUCGACCGCCCAGCAAACGAGAAGAAAACCUCAAACAGCGAACCGUCACCGAGGAGAAAGAAUAUAGAUCAGGCUUCUGGAUGCCGGAUGUCACGCAACAGGAAGUCCGUCAGCAAUUGAAGAUAUGGAACGGCGAAUGGUCGAGUCUCAGCGCAUUAAAGUUCAUUCGAUUCCUCGAGGGGGGCACUAAACAGCCGUCUACAUUCCCACCAAAGGGCUUAUCAUGA